AUGAACACGCGACUUUUUCAGUUCACCCUUUGCAGUCCAAUAGAUCUCCACCGGCUGUGCAACUGUCACAUCAGGAUGGUAGCGUUGUUACGAGAGGUUGAGAUACGAAACGCUGAGAAGAGAAUCGCAGCUGCAGCUAGGGAAUACAAGGAGGAGAAAUUCGAAUUCAUGCUGGUCGAAUCAGACGGGGAGAAGCUUUAUAAAAUCGUAUCAGAUGCUGAGAUCAACAACACUAUUUCAGGUAAGGCCGCUUCAUACUAUGCGACGCUAGGGUAG